AUGAAAGGAAUAUAUGAAAUGGUUCACUCCAGAAUGACGAAACCGUUCCUUCUGAAAGAAAAUACCUUUCUUUUCACUGAUCUUCCACUCAAUGAUCAGAAUUUAAUGAAUUAUUAUUCAAGGUUGACUAUCAAAAGUUCAUCAUUACAGAAUUUACCUCCUGGAUAUGGAGGAGCUCAAUAUAGAUUUAUAGAAUCUCUGUUUAUUAUGCUUGAGUUGAAGAGGAUACGAAACGAUUCGAAAGUGAGAUGGUUCUUCCUUUCUGAUGAUGACCAUUUAAUGAUUCCCACUAAUUAUUUGAAAGUCAUUGCCAAGUAUGAAUUUAAAUUAAAGAGUGGUGAAAUAUCAAUGGAAGAACCACUCAUUAUUGGAAGAAUUCCAUCAUGCUCUCAAUUGAGUGGUGGUCCUGGAAUAAUUUUCAAUGAAAAGGCAAUUGAAUUAUUGAAAUUUAAUUUUGAUAAUUGUUUGGAUACGUUUGGAUUAGCUUAUUAUGAUUUGACAAUUUAUAAAUGUAUCAAUCAUGUCAUUACAAAAUCAAGAGAGGAGAAAUGCAAAAUUUUGAGAAAUGAAAAUUCAAUGCAUUGCUGUAAUUUUAUGUUUUAUUGUGAUCCUGCAAGUUUUAAUGAUGUUCCUAAUCUGAGUUGGUUUACCAGAUUUAGAAAUGGAUCUAACUUGCAUUAUAUUCAAGGACAGAAUGUUAAAAUUAUGAGGGACAGUUUACCAGAUCAAUUUUUCACACAAGUCAACAUGUGUUUUAGGAAAUCUGAAGUGGAGAAUACUCAGGUAAAUGCCUAUUUGAAUUUUAAACCAAAGCAUGAUUUGACAAUUGAGGAGAUUAUCAAUAGAGUGAAACAAUUAGGAAAGAAGCCUUUCAUUGAUUGGGCAAAGAAGGAAUCACAGCAAAUGGAUCACGAUAGGGUGUCUAAUUACAUGAAAAAUUUGGUGGAUAUUAUUUACACAAGUUGGGGAAAUCAAUACAUGUUCAAACGACAUUCAGUUUCAACACUACAACGGAAUGAUAUUUCCAUCAUUAUUAUACCUAGCUCACUCAUUGAUUCAAGAUCGAAACUCAUUUCCAAUGAUUAUGAUAUGAAACGAAAUGUUAAUCUCGCUUUACAAUUUUGGAGAAAUGAGGGAUUUACUCAAGUUUAUGUUUGCGAUUCAGAUAUUGGAAUGUCUCAAAUAUCCAUGUACGCAACAUGCUUGAAAAACUCAAAAGGAUUAUGGACAGUUGGUGUUACAGAAAGUACCAGAAUCCAUUCUGAUUCUUUUAUUGAAUAUUUAGAGACAUUCGACAAUUCGGAUUCGUACUUUAUUGGAGGAAUGUCAUCUGCUUUGGAAUUGAUUUUAUCACAAGUUGAAAAUAAGAUUAUUGGACUUCCUUUUGGAGCACUAUUUUCAAUUUCAAAACCAUUCCUCAAUGAUUAUAUAGCAACCGCCCUGUCACACAUAAAUGAUCCAAUCAAGCAGCAACAAGUAAUCAAUGAAAAACUCCUCAUUCCCAAUUCCAAAAUGAUGCUCAGUGGUGGACAAUUUUUCAAACAUGCACCAGAGCACUAUUGCACUGGAGGAAUACAGAACUUGGAAUCUUGGGUUGAAAUGCAAAUUCCAACUCAAUUUCUAGAACCAAUGGCCGUAACUCUCUCACCAACCAAUAAUUGUCCUUCACGACUGGAUACUAUUCAUUACUUUUUUGAGAAAAAACGUUUUAGCUUGAAUUUCAAGAGUGAUAUUAAUGAAAAAUGUUUUGAGCGAUGA